CCGCUACUGCCGCCGCCGGGGCCCGCCCGAGCCACCUGAGCUCCCCCCCGAGGAGGAGAGGGGGAGAAGGCUCCUGCUUGGACCCAUGGCUGGAGGCUUGUGCGUUUAGGUGGUUCUCCAUGGUGAUCCAGGACACACUGGUGAUCCUUGUAUCUGAGACUGAACCAAGUUUGGGACGACAUGGCCCAGGGGAAUAAUUACGGACAGACAAGCAACGGGGUGGCCGACGAAUCGCCCAACAUGCUGGUGUACAGGAAGAUGGAAGAUGUCAUAGCUCGCAUGCAAGAUGAAAAGAAUGGAAUUCCUAUCCGCACUGUCAAAAGCUUCCUUUCAAAGAUACCUAGCGUCUUCUCUGGAUCAGACAUUGUUCAGUGGUUAAUAAAGAACUUAACUAUAGAAGAUCCAGUGGAGGCGCUGCAUCUGGGAACCCUCAUGGCUGCCCACGGCUACUUCUUUCCCAUCUCAGAUCAUGUCCUCACACUCAAGGAUGAUGGCACCUUCUACAGGUUUCAAACACCCUAUUUUUGGCCAUCAAAUUGUUGGGAGCCAGAAAACACAGACUAUGCCGUUUACCUCUGCAAGAGAACAAUGCAAAACAAGGCAAGACUGGAGCUGGCAGACUAUGAAGCUGAAAGCCUGGCCAGGCUGCAGAGAGCAUUCGCCCGGAAGUGGGAGUUCAUUUUUAUGCAAGCAGAAGCGCAGGCCAAAGUGGACAAGAAGAGAGACAAGAUUGAAAGGAAGAUCCUCGAUAGCCAAGAGAGAGCGUUCUGGGAUGUACACAGGCCUGUGCCCGGAUGUGUAAAUACUACAGAAGUGGACAUUAAGAAGUCAUCUCGAAUGAGAAACCCCCACAAGACACGCAAGUCUGUCUAUGGUUUACAAAAUGAUAUCAGAAGUCACAGUCCUACCCACACGCCCACACCAGAAACCAAACCUCUGACAGAAGAUGAACUCCAGCAACAGAUAAAAUACUGGCAAAUACAGUUAGAUAGACACCGGUUAAAAAUGUCCAAGGUUGCUGAUAGUCUACUCAGCUAUACUGAGCAGUACAUAGAAUACGACCCCUUUCUUGUACCACCCGACCCUUCUAACCCGUGGCUCUCUGAUGAGACGACUUUCUGGGAACUUGAAGCAAGCAAAGAACCAAGCCAGCAGAGGGUAAAGCGAUGGGGUUUUGGCAUGGAUGAGGCAUUGAAAGACCCAGUUGGGAGAGAACAAUUCCUUAAAUUUCUAGAAUCAGAAUUCAGCUCCGAAAACUUAAGAUUCUGGCUGGCAGUUGAGGACCUAAAGAAAAGGCCCAUUAGAGAAGUGCCCUCGCGAGUGCAGGAGAUAUGGCAGGAAUUUCUGGCUCCAGGAGCCCCUAGUGCCAUUAACUUGGAUUCUAAGAGUUAUGACAAGACCACCCAGAAUGUGAAGGAGCCUGGACGGUACACGUUUGAAGAUGCCCAGGAACACAUUUACAAACUGAUGAAGAGUGACUCCUACCCACGCUUCAUACGAUCUAGUGCCUACCAGGAACUUCUACAGGCAAAGAGAAAGGGCAGAAACAUCCCUAUUUUCCCAUGCCAUAAAAACUGUACACCAACACUGAGGGCCAGCACUAACCUGUUAUGAAAAGAGGGGAAAUCUCUCACAUCCAAGAGGUUAACAAGCCUUGUUCAGUCUUACUAAAAAGGAUCACCUUGUGACGUGGAAGCAGGAUGGAGUCUUUGCACAUACCUUGUAGCUUCUUGCUGUUACCUGGAGCUGAGGACGUUAGACCAAGAUGUUGCAUGAAUGGAGGGCCUGAAUUGUUUUUUUCUGUGUGCACAUUAAGGCUCUACCAUCACCAAGGGACUCUGCCAUCUCAAUGCCUCUACUUCAAACUGUUGUCUGCUUUCUCCUCCUCUUACUAAGCUAUCGAAUACGUGUCUUUUUCCUUUUUAACAAGUUCAAGUGAAGUAAAACUUUUUUUUACCCUUUUUCUCUCUUAAAGCUUCUGCUAGACACACAGUUCACUGAAAAUUCAUUCAGUCACAACCUGGGAGAAUUGUUAAAGGGAAAAAAAAGCAUAUAUCAAUAAGUAUACACAUGGCUUCACAUGUAUCAAACAAUACAUUAGCACAGAAAGUCUCAUCUCACUGAUGUAUUCACAGUCUGAAACAAGCUCAUGUCUUUGUCUGUUGUCUGUACAGUCUCUGUUCAUGUUUCUUGCAUUUAUUUUUAUACCAUAUUUAAAUAAGAAAUACCUUUGACUCCAAAUGUAUCAAAGUUGACCUCUUCUCUGUAAAUUUGUGUAUGUUUAUAUUGUUGUUUUAUCUUUCAUUAAAAGAUGCAGAAUCUC